GCAUGCUUGCAGGCCUGUUCAUUGUAAACAUAUCAACUCAUCAGUGCACGCAUCUACUACAUCCCAUGUACUUGUACUUCUAGAUAUAGAUCCACAGUGUGCUACUGACUGGCUAAUAGCUUCAUGGUUGUACCUAAAAAGUGAUAGACCCCUAGUUCUGGUUCAUGGAAAGAGUGGACAACUUUUUAAUAGUUGCCAGGAAAUGCUCUUCUUGACACUAGUCAAUGGAUGUCCCCAUUGUGACUAUGCAUUUCAGGAUUGCUGACAUUGAUUCAAAUUGUAGCCAUUACUAGCCCAAUUGAUCUACAAUUUUGUAUGGAGCUGCAGUAAAUGCUGAAACUGCCCCAACGACACUUGCCUUUCACACCACGCCUUUCUGAUCUCCAAGUUGCUGCCACUGUUGUUGUAGUAUAUAUAGAAUGGUAAAGUUGCAUCAGGGUUGGUUCAACCUGAACCAACAUUGUCAACACUUUCUCCCUGAGAGAUGACUCUUUUACAAGAAGCUUAAGUUGUUGCUGCAGUCAUUCCCUACGCAUGGAAGCCACUUACCAAAUGCUGCUUUAGAACCUUGAAGAUUCCUGAAGCUCUUAUGCCUCAGACUGAAUCAACAUUGUCAAUACUUCCAGAGAGAUAAGUCAUCAAGAAUAUCAAGUCACCGCUGCAACCCAUCCCUACCCAUGGAAGCCACUUACCAAAUGCUGCUCUAGAACCUUGAAUCCUUAAGCUCUUUUGCCUCUUACGCCACUCAUUCUUGCCUUCAGCCUACAAGCACCUGAUAAGAAAAGUCUGUGCCUCCUUAGAGCUUCUAUAACAUUGAUAGAUUGAACAAGUGAUUCCGUCAGUAUGGAUGGAAAUGUUCCGAUGACGCAGCAGCCAUCGCAGGAGAUGCCAGACCUGCCUCUGAGCCAAGAGACAUUUCAUGCCCUGUGGGCCACCCUGCAGGGUGAUGUCAAUCAAGGGUCAAUCCUUCAGGAGCCUGUUCAAGUCAACUUCCAGAACUUCAACUUUGAUGGAUCCGAAGCUAACAUCGUCCAGGAGAAUCAGGUGGAGUUCCAGGUGGAGCAGAUCCAGAUGGAGCCACAUAUACCCAACCUCAAUUCCAUGCCCAGCAUUCCGAGCCUUCCCAGCAUGCCCAGCCUUCCCACAAUGCCAAAUGAAGGAUCGGUGAGUAGGUUACGAUUUCACUGGUUUAUUGAUCAAAUAUAUUGUUAUGACUGAAACUCUGGAAACUGCAGAAAACUGUCAAGAUUACAAUAUUCCAAUAAACGUCCAUACAAAUUAGAAAUGAAGCACUUAGAGAUGGAACAGUAAUGAAAAGUGAUAUCCCAAUUUCCAGCACUGUCUUCAUGAAUGGAAAAUUUCUAUUUGGUAGUUGUAUCGUCGGGUAAAAAUAAAAGGUGAUCUUGCCAUUCAUGACAACUGCUAUUUGUAAGUAACUUAUCCAUGACAUUUGGUUUAUUAAACAGCACUCUUCCGCAGAAGUAGAUGAUCCUCAUUUACAUGUAUAUUCAUUUGAAAAUAUAAGAUUAAACCAGGGAUUUUUUAAAGUUUAUCAACUCGGGAAAGUUGCAACUGGGUGUUGUUCCCCCCCACCUCCCAUAUCUUUGUUAGAUUUUUUUUUUUUUUUGGGGGGGGGGAUUCAAGAUUCCUAUUGAGAGCAAAAUUUCUCAAAGGAUUAUAGACAAAAGCAAUGGAAUAUAAUGAUUUUAUAUUGAGCCACAUAAUGUCAUAAUCUGAAGUUAUUUUGAAAAAUGCAAGUUUAACAUGUAAAAAUCACCUUUCAGCUUGUUUUGCAUGAAUAUGAGCUCCUUUUUAUUGAUCAUUGGUUAGAGUAUAGAAUUAUUGGAAAUACCAGCAAUUGGCUAUAUACUAUAGUUGCUACAGAUCAGCUGAUCGAUACAAAUAUUAUCAUCUGCUUAUCAGUUGUGUUGAAAUGAGACCAGUCAAUAUUGUGUCAGUGGAGGGGGGGGGGGUAAUCUUAGGAAAAUUACCAAUGGUUCUCUAGGAUUCUUUCAAAUAAGUUAAUUGAAAAAGAGUUGGAAUGCUACUGACAUCCAAAAAGAGUGUCAUUACCAAAGAACUAAUUAUUUUACUCAAUAGGUAUUGCAGAAAUUAUCCGCCAACUUACCCUUAUUGUUCCGUCAGGGAAUUGAUUUUUCUCCAACACCCCUACUGUAGGAAUCACAAUAGAACAUUCCACAGACUUGUCCAGACUUGCUGUGUUUACAAACACAUCUUCCCCAGGACCCUGGAUGAUGUCAUCCAAAGUCAACUUUUCACCCUGGUUCCCAGAACCUGAUUGGUCAAAGUCCACAGGCUGUGCUCCCAAUAAGGCAGUGCCACAUGCUUAUAUGGAAGCAGCUCAUGCAUAUAUGCAUGAGCUGAAAGUAGUUCAGGUUUUCCCCUUGAUCCAGCUGAUGUCUGUGUACAAAUGGUGUGUAUUGUUGCUGGAUAAUAAUUCGAGCAAUUGAAAUGGGUGUAUGAGAGUGAGAAUAUACCAUCACUGCGUAGGAUUUACUGGUCGAGACUUGGACGUUGU